CAACACAACUUUGUGCGGCGGCGGCCCUGGCCUCGGGAUGUCGUCGCCCUGGGGGUCGAUGGGGAGUCACCUGCGGGGGGUCCUGGACGUGGCCCUGCGGGUCCCCGCCAUCUUCGUCAUCGAUGCCAUCUUGAACUCCUACUACAACGGGGACGCCACCGUGGUCCUGGUGGCCCGGCAGAUCUCGCAGCGGUUACUGGGUCUUGUACUGUCGUGUAUUGUCCUCGUCCUAUCCCAGCGAGCACUGUUCAGGUUGUACACGUUUGGCUGUGUUGUUCUGGUGGCUGCAUCUUCUGUCCUGGUGAACUACACCACAUUGCACAUAGAAUUCUACAACGCCUACUACUCGGCAGUGUUUGGGGUACAGAUGUUGCCACGCAAUGGCCCCACAUUGUGGAUGGCACUUAUUUCAAUUCAGCUCACAUUUGGUAUUGGGUAUGUGACAUUACUCCAAAUCUCAUCAGUGUUUUCUGCAUUAACCAUAUUGAGCUUCUUGCUGCCUGUGGUAGGCAUGGCUUUGGAGAUGCCAGAAGACAUUCAGCAUCUGCUAGUUGCCUCUUCAGCUAUGUAUAUAACAGCACAGACUUUGUUUUAUGUAACUGUGAAUUUAAAAUGGUUUUAUUAUACAACGAGGUAUGUUUUUUUGUUGGUACGACACAUGUAUCGCACAUAUGGAUUACAGGUUAUUGUGGAGGAUACGUGGAAGAGGAUUCGUUUCCCUGAUGUACUGCGGGUUUUCUGGUUGACUAGGCUAAUGGCACAAGCCAUUAUUUUAGUUUACGUUGUCAAAAUAACAAGAAGCGACUCUGAGAACAAAUAUUUUAUUUCCUGGAGUGAUGGCUGGGAGGUGGUCUGCAAUCUCAUAAUAAGUGGUUGUGAUUCAACAUUGACUGUCUUGGGCAUGAGUGCAGUCAUCUCCUCUCUAGCGCACUAUUUAGGACUUGGAAUCCUAGCCUUCAUAGGGUCCACCGAGGAAGAAGAUAAGCGCCUCGGCUUUGUCGCCCCUGUUUUAUUUUUCAUUUUGGCUCUUCAGACGGGUUUAAGUGGAUUGGAGCCUGAAGAGAGACUCAUCCGCUUGAGCCGAAAUAUGUGCCUUCUGCUAACUGCAAUCCUGCACUUCAUCCAUGGAAUGACGGACCCUGUGCUGAUGUCACUUAGUGCCUCCCAUGUUUCCUCCUUCAGAAGACAUUUGCCUGUCCUUGUGGUUUCUAUUAGCCUUUUCAUUCUUCCAAUUAUACUCAGCUACACUCUGUGGCGGGUCCACACGCUGAACACUUGGCUGUUUGCAGUCACGGCCUUCUGUGUUGAAUUGUGCUUAAAAGUAAUCGUCUCCCUAACAGUGUACACUCUGUUCAUCGUCGAUGGAUACUACAAUGUAUUAUGGGAAAAGCUAGACGAUUACAUUUACUACGUUCGCUCGACAGGCAAUGUUAUUGAGUUCAUUUUUGGAGUGAUAAUGUUUGGAAAUGGAGCUUACACAAUGAUGUUUGAAUCGGGUAGUAAAAUCCGUGCCUGUAUGAUGUGCUUACAUGCUUACUUUAACAUUUAUUUGCAAGCUAAAAAUGGAUGGAAAACCUUUAUAAACCGCAGGACUGCAGUUAAGAAAAUAAACUCCCUCCCAGAGGUCACAGGCAGCAGGUUGCGCGAUAUAGAUGACGUGUGCGCAAUUUGCUACCAGGAGUUCACCACAUCAGCACGCAUCACUCCUUGCAAUCACUACUUCCACGCUCUCUGCCUCCGCAAGUGGUUAUACAUUCAGGACACAUGUCCCAUGUGCCAUCAAGGAGUGUAUAUCGAGGAGAACCAGAGGGAAACCAUGGCAUUUGCCAACAACAAUGGAAAUGUUCCCCAGCAACAGCAAGAGGUGGAGGAUUUAGUGGCUGUGGCUGCUGAAGCAGCUGAGCCCAACAGUAAUCUCAAUGAGGACAAUGACAGCAUCGAGUAUGAUGAAGAAGAGUGGGUGACCCAGAACAACAAUGCAGGAGCAGAGGAUGAAUACCUCGAUGAUGACACAGAUGCAAGUGAGGAGUGAGCCUGUUGAUUAUACAGAACUGUCAAAGCUUUUUUUAAAAGAAAAAAAACUUAUAAAUUGACUGCCAAAAUCAACAAUCAAACAUCAGGGAAGACGGUGAUUAUUUUUCUUUUGCUUGGGUGAUUAUUCAGUUACCUGUCAGACCAGUGAUCAGAAAGGGGUAGAGAAUGAAAGACUGCAUUCCACUUAGUGCUGGGAUGUACAGUAAGCACAACAGCUGUUAAGGCACUGGAUAAGGACAAGUAAUGGAUUUCAAUCUCACUUAUUUAUUGUAAUAGCUGUUGUACUGUUUACCUCUGAAAACUGCUGGCCUCCUGUGCGACCUUAAAAUUUGUGUAUACUGUACAUGAAAUAAAAAAUUUGACUUACA